AUGGAAGCUUCGAGCCAGCGAACCCUUCAUUGGAACUUCUUUCCUUCCUUUCCCUAUGGCGAAGCGGAGUCUCUCCAGCACCAGCUGCGUCAAGGGUUUCGUCACGGAGAGGGGAAGGAACAUCUCCUCCUGCUGUCUCACCCCCACGUCUACACCCUAGGCCGCAACGCUCAGCGUAGCGACAUCCUGCUUUCCGACCCUGCCUUAGAGGCCUGUGGAAUUGCAGUUCAUGAAUGUGAUCGCGGUGGCCAAGUCACCUACCAUGGACCGGGUCAAUUGGUCGGUUAUCCCAUCCUCAAUCUCAGCCCAGAUCGCAGAGACAUCCGGCGCUACGUUCGUGAUCUCCAAGAGAUCCUGAUUCUCACUCUGGCGGAUUUUGGGAUCGUUGCUCAGGUGCGAGAAGGCCAGGAGAAUAUCGGCGUUUGGGUCGGCGAGGAGAAGAUCGCUUCCAUCGGGGUCCAUUUGAGUCGGUGGAUCACCACCCAUGGUUUUGCUCUCAAUAUCUCCACCGAUCUCGGGCAAUUUUCCGGCAUUGUGGCCUGCGGGCUACCUGCCGUGAAGAUGACUUCCAUGGCAGCUCUCACGAGCUCCUGCCCAUCCCUUGCCGACGUCGCGGAAGUGUGUGCCGGCCACUUCGGUCGAGUUUUCGAACGACGCCUUGUGCGUCAGGCGAUCGCUGCUCAGUCCGUCGGGGCGGAACCCAUUCUUUCUUCCGGGGCCCCAUGA